AAAGCAAGAAUGCGACGAAACAUGAAGUAAAGUUUAUUUACAUAAUGCAUCAAAAUAAUCAAAGUUAACCUAAGCAAAACAACAGGAUCAGAUAAACAAAGCAAUAUGGGCAGGAACAUAUUGAAAAGCAGUUUGGACAACGCGAAAUUCAGCAUAGUUUUUCAAAUUAUCUUCAGAUGCAUAACUUUUAUCCUAAAUGCCUUCAUCAUCCGAGUGGUGGGACAGGAGGUGCUUGGUAUCAUGAACGUCCGCUUACUGUUACUUGAAUCGACUCUGGUGUUUCUAUCUAGAGAACCUUUGCUCAAAGCUUGCUUGACUGAUACCAAAUCCCAUAACUGGACCCAAGUCAUAAACCAGUUCUGGUUAUCUGUACCAAUAUCAGCUGUUCUCGGUAUUGUUUUGAAUUACAUUUGGACGGAUGUCCUAAGCACAACAGAUGAGCACUACUUGAUCCAGUACAGAUGGGGCUGCUAUGCUAUUGUAGUUUCUUGCAUAAUUGGGCAAAUUACGCACAUCCCAAUUCUAGUUUCACAGAGCUUUUGCUUUGUCAAAUUGAAAGUUGUUUUUGAAACGAUUUACAUAACUGUUAGAACUGUAACGUUUGUGGUGUUGGUCUUGAGAGAUCAAAACGAAGCGAUCAACGCGUUUUCCAUUGCUCAACUAUUAUCUUCUUUGAUAUUGUUUGCGCUUUACUACGGAUUUUUCUAUUGGUACAUCGAGAAAAAGAAGACAUCCCCGAAAUCCGAUUUGUUCAAAGACAUGAACGACUUUAAAUUCGAGUCAAUUCGGGAUUUCUUUCCGAAAAUUCCCAAAGCUCAAGAGGCUUACGUUAAUAAGGAAUUGUGUGUGUUAACGGUGAGUUUCGCGAAGCAAUCGAUAGUUAAGCAAGUGUUGACUGAAGGGGAGCGUUAUGUAAUGAGCGUCUCUCCGGUAUUAACGUUCAGCGAACAAUCCAUGUACGAUAUUGUUAAUAAUUUAGGAAGUUUAGCUGCGAGAUUCAUUUUUCGGCCUAUCGAGGAAAGCGCUUACUUCUACUUCACGCAGAUGUUGAGGCGGGAUCAGUCGCUGUCGCAGCAGGAUAAAAAAUGCGUAGUCGAGGCGGCUACAGUUCUGAGUCAACUAUUGAAGGUGGUCACUUCCAUCGGACUAGUCGUCAUCGUGUUUGGGUACACCUACAGCCACAGUCUUCUAUACUUGUACGGAGGAAGAAUUUUGACCGAAGAUAUGCUCCCAACAGUCCUGCUCAGAUCUCACUGCUUUGCUGUACUCUUGUUAGCCGUGAACGGAGUUACGGAAUGUUACGUGUUCGCAACCAUGGAUAAUAAACAAUUGGAUAGGUACAAUUACAUAAUGGUUCUUUUCUCCGUUACUUUCCUGUUGAUAUCUUACGGGUUGACCAACAUGUUUGGCCCGGUGGGAUUUAUACUUGCUAAUUGCUUCAACAUGACUGCGAGGAUUAUACAUAGCGUUCAUUUUAUUAGUAAUCAAUACAAGACAACGAAAUUGUUGCCUUUACAGGGAAUAGUUCCCGGUAAAGUGUUCAUCGCGGCUCUAGUUGUAUCGGGACUUGUCACUUCUUUGUCUGAGGGCUACGUGUACCAGAGGUCGUUGCUCUUGCAUGUGGGAAUAGGCGGCGUCUGCUUCGUUAUUACGUCGUUGUCCUGGGCGUACGAAAACAAGGUUCUGCUAAAAUUGGGCGUAGAAAAGUACAAGCGAAGGCAAUCUGUGAAACUAGACUGAUUGCCAAUUUAAUUAAUUAAUUAAUACAAUUAGUGCAAAUUCCUCCAUCCAUCCUGUUACUUCCAAAUGUUAUUAUUGUGAUAUAAAGAAUAAAGACAGACACGUU